AGAAUCACACUAGCUCUUCAAAGCACGCCUUAUCGUACCAGUGCCUUGUUAUAUUCCUGUUUCUCUUCAACAGUUGUUUCGCAGGCACGUCCAAGGCUGCCUCUCAGGGCCGAUGUCGCGCCGGUGUCUCCUGAGCCUCCUCGCCCUUCACGUCGCCGCAGCCUGCCAGGAAGUCAACUUGACGUGCAAGACGCCUUUGCCGACUUCUAGAGGCGCUGACGGCGUGCAGGCGUUGGUGGGCGUCCGGCCGCAGGAGGGCGACUGGGACGCGCUGUUCGAGGUGGAGCGAGAAGACCGGGUCGUGGCCAAGAUCAGGCUCUCGUACAAGGAAAGCAAAACGGGAAGUGAAACUGCUUACAACGACCGUUUAGCAAUCCAGUGUGGAAAUGAAACUCCUCAAGUAUUUGAUUCUUCCUGGCCGACAGCCUGGCUCUCCGGUGAAGCCAAGUGCCUCCUGUUCAGGGUAUCCGAUUCUCUCAUCGACGUUUUGCAAAAGAAAGGCUCUUCAGAAAUGCAUAUCGGAUCAGGGAUAUGCAAAAUAAAUCUGUCUAACGUCUCUUUCUCGGCCUCCAACCUCCCCCAUCUACCCGCGCCGACGCUGAGUCUUGGCUGCGCUGACGGAGAACUAAAGAAUGCUACAGAAACUGAGUCAGAAGAGACACAAACGGGAAGUCUGCCACUGUACGUCGCUGGAUUCAUCACACUGCUCGCCUUAGUACUGUCGACCGUCAAUUUGUUCAUCAUUCUGUCGCUACGAAAGCGCCUCCUUGCCUUGAGGAUGACUGGCAGUGAAGCUGAAGGCGAUGACAACGCGAUGCGGCAGUGGAGGAAUGCCAAAUGAGUGGCAAGAAGUGGAGGAGGUGCGAGGGAGACGCUGCCAUUUCGUCGUGAAAUCCCGUGUUGAAUACCGUGGAUUUUUCGUGAUUCUUUCCUGUACCGUCAGCUGAUUCCGUUUCAUUUCUGUUGUUGAGAUCGAGGUAUUUGAUUCCUUCUAAAGGAUUUCAAUUGAAUGCCAAAGUAUUGUAUCACUGGAAAUUAAUAAAAAUCUCAGAAGUUCUUUUA